AUGAUCCAGAGGCUGCAGCGGUCUGACUCUGCUAUCUACUACUGUGCUCCGAGGCCCACUAUGACAACAGGAGAUUCAGUCCCUGUACAAAAACACAAAAGGGUAGUGUUGUUCAGACAAAGUCACAAGCUUCUCAAUGUUUGACAAGGCACAAAAAGAGACAAGGAUUUCAUAGUUGCAUCAUGGCACAUGUAGCCUUCUGUACAUCAGUGGUUUCGCUCUUCUCCCACCCAACUCACAGUAGCAGGCAUGGAACCCAGGCUGAGGAAUUGACUGAUUCUUGCUGUAUUUUGUUAUGGUAUGAUAAUACUAUUUUCCUUAUUCAUUUACGGCCUUUGCUCCCAUCCCUUUUCUUCAAACAAAUGUCAGUACAAUACUACCAGUUUUAAUUUCAUACGUUUUUAUACCAUCCAUCAUCUUGUUUGAGUCUUCUCUCCCCUAAUACAAUUGUGUAUUACAAUAUUUUUCAGAAUGCACAGGAGAAGGCUCAAGCCACCAGGUUUGAUCCUCCGUGUAAGAUUGCCAUGUGGACAUUUCUAAUUCUCAGGGAGGACAGGUCACACUGGGCUGUCAAUUUGAGACUUCAGACACUACACAUCUCAGCCUGGUCUGGCAUGAAGUAAAUGACUUCCCAAAGUUUAUGCUGGGCCGUUUUUCCUUUUUGGAAGUAUAAGUACCACUGAGUUUGAGGAGAGAUUUGAUGCCCAUCUCGAUGAAUGGGCAUCAAAGACCCCUUAA